AUGUAUCUUCUUGUGGCGGGGGCUGGGGUGGACCCACGUACACCCGCGCUGACAUCACCAACUCUCACACGAAUUACCACGCCGCCCACAUUAAUCCAGAGACCUCGGAGGGCAACAGCAAACUACUCCACAGAGAUCUAUGCCAGAAACGGCCAAGGACCGCGCGUUGUGGACAGUACCAACAGGAGGAGGGUCGAGCAGUAUCAUGAGUCAGUGAGUGAAGCUGAUCCGGAGGAACAGCUCCGCUCACGGGACGAGCAGCUAGCAAAUGGGAGACAAGUGGUCUGUACUGAAACGGAGGAUGAGACGGAUGAUCAGAGGAUGGAAGAGGAAUUGGAUGACGAAACGGUUGGUGAGGAGACAGAGGCCGAGGCAGAAUAUGGUAGUGAUGAUGAUCGUGAGGAUGACGAGCGGAACGAGGAAGAGGACGAUGAGAUGGACGAGGAGGAGUCGGGCUGUGCCACGUAA